CUUCUUUCUCAAUCCCACAACGAAAUUCAAACACACAAGUCUUCUCCCAAGUGAGUCCAGAGCAAACUGACAGCAGAAGAGAAUUUGAACAAAUCAAUUAAAGAUGGGCGUGAUGAUGAACGAAAACCAGAACAUGAAACCUGUGGUGAUCCGGGAAGUAUGGGCCUUCAAUUUAGAAUCUGAAUUCCAACUCAUCCGUGAACUCAUUGAUCAAUACCCUAUCAUUUCCAUGGAUACAGAGUUCCCCGGUGUCAUCUUCCGGCACCCCGCUGCACCUCACCACCACCGUAACCUCCGUCCCUCUGAUAACUACAGGCUCCUUAAGGCCAACGUUGACGCGCUCAACCUCAUCCAGGUUGGCCUCACUCUCACCGACGCCGCCGGAAACCUCCCUGACCUCGGAAGUGGGGAGAGCAGCUUCAUCUGGGAAUUCAAUUUCCGCGAUUUUGAUGUCGCCCGUCAUGCCUAUGCUCCGGAUUCAAUCGCCCUGCUCUGCCGCCAAGGGAUCGAUUUUGCGCGAAACGCCGCUUGGGGCGUUGAUUCAGCCCGGUUUGCUCAGCUGAUGAUGUCAUCAGGACUUGUUUGCAACGACGCCGUGAGCUGGGUCACGUUCCACAGCGCUUAUGAUUUUGGGUACUUGGUGAAGAUCCUGACACGCCGAAGCCUUCCGACUCGAUUGGAUGAGUUCUUGAAGAUUGUGAGGGUGUUUUUCGGAAACAACAUUUAUGACAUUAAGCAUGUGAUAGGUUUCUGCAACUCUCUUUACGGUGGUCUUGAUCGAGUUGCUCAAUCACUUAAUGUGAAUCGGGCUGUUGGGAAAUGUCAUCAAGCCGGGUCUGAUAGUUUGCUAACAUGGCAUGCAUUUCAAAAGAUUAGAGACGCUUAUUUUGUAAAAGAUGGACAUAAGAAACAUGUAAAUGUCUUGUAUGGGUUAGAGUCAGAGCUUUGUUAGUUACCAGAAUUAUAAUACAAAUUCAAUUGAUUGUUUAA